AAAUGUCAAAAUACUGUGAUGGAUCUGUGAAUUGUUUGUUUGUAAGAAAAACUCGUUAGAAAGUAUUUCCCAGCCACUAAAAACACUGAUUAAAUGCAAAUAUCAUUUAAGCCCUAUAUCUUUAUUUAUCCAUAUCAAAAGUUUUUCAUGCCUUUGUGGCAUUAUUCAUCUAAGUGGUUAGCCUUGAAGUAGAUGUCACCUAUUAACUUAUAUGAGUGUUGUUUAUUCUACAUUUUAGCUAUAUUAGUCGCAAAUUCACGAUUAUAUGGCUUUGAUAUUUGACUUAUGUCUUACGACGAUCCGGAAGAGGCAUGUUUUAUCUAAGUGUACGGGAGAAAGGUGCUGGUUUAGUUGUAAUCAGCUGGAUUUGUCUGGCUGUACUGUGCGCCGCAUCCACAGCGCCUUGUGACAAGACUCGCAGGGUGUUCACAGACCAGAGCGGGAUUAUCACCGAUGGACCAACUAACUCUAACUACACACAAGACUCUCAUUGCGAGUGGCUCAUCAAGGCAGCGAAUAAGAGCCAGUACAUUACGUUGAGCUUUAUUCGCAUGGGUACAGAAUGUUCCUAUGACUAUGUUUUUGUGUAUGACGGUGACUCCUUUGAUGCACCAUUACUGGGAAGUUUCAGUGGAAAGACAGAACCACAGAAUGUUACCGCUUCUAGUGGAUUUAUGUUAAUUUUGCUGUAUAGUGACACAAAUUAUGUGCUGGAUGGGUUCCGAGCAACGUAUGCUAUUCACAACUGUCCUAACAACUGCACAGGGAGAGGGCUGUGCGUGUCCAACAAAUGUUUUUGUGUUGGCAACUGGGGAGGCCCCGACUGCAGUGUGGAACUGUGUCCUAAUCUCUGCUCAAAUAAUGGACACUGUAAGGGAGAUAGAUGUGCAUGCAAAAAAGGGUAUUCUGGUGAAUCGUGUUCUCUAAAGAAGAAUGACAAGGAAGGUAACAGUUGGCACUGGCUGUCUCAUACGGAGAGCGGGAUGACCAAAAGAGCAGCUCACACAGCCGUGUAUGUAAAUCAUACUGAUUCACUCUAUGUAUUUGGAGGAUAUGAUCUGAACAAAGUGCUGGGAUUAUUAGAAGUUUACAGGUUUUCAACUAGUCAGUGGUAUGAUGAAAAUGGAAAAGUAUUACGUAGGUACCCAACCAAUGAAGAGAUUGAUAAGUCUUUAUUAACUUUAUUUAAUAAGGGUAAUGUUGAUGGCAGCUGGCAAAUAGGCAACAGGAGCUCAUUAUUCAAUUUGUUACUAUCGUCAUUCUCGAAUCACGAUAAGACCACACUACCUCUCAUGUACUCUCACGCGCCCACGCCUUACUCAGAGAGCUACCUACAUUUUACCGAGCAACCUGAGGUAGUAAAUAGUAAUGAUAUGACGUCCAACACGACAAAACCUGAGCCGAGAUAUGGUCAUUCUGCAUGUGCCUUUGGUACUGGAUUCGUAUUGUACGGAGGUAAACUCUCCGAUGGAACUUUGUCGUCCGAACUGUGGAUGUUCGACGCUGUAUUAAACAUGUGGACUCUGCGGGCUGUGAACGCCACCUUUACCCCUCCAGGGCUCACUCGCCACACACUUACUGCCGUCAAAGAUGAGCUAUACCUUUUUGGCGGAAGCACAAUGGAUGGAGAGUUUUCCUCGAGUAUGUACAAAAUAAAACUUGGUGAUGUAAACACGGAAACUUGGGAAAGAGUGCAAGUGAGGGGCGGCAAAGAACUGGAUGUACGGGUGGUGGCCCACACUGCUGUUUACCAUUCGCAUUCCAAUUCAAUAUUGGUGUAUGGAGGCGUAGUUGCCAGCGUAGCACGGUUUUCCAAGCUCUCAGACAGAAUGUUUGCUUUUGACAUCGACUACAAACAUUGGAGCGAAAUACACUAUCCCAGAGCUCAUCUACGUGAUACGUAUGUACCGCGCGAAAGGGCUUUUCACACAUCGACUAUCAUUGGAAAUUACUUGGUCGUUUUCGGCGGAUAUUCUCAUCGCCAUAACAGAGAGGAGAUCUGUUACGAUGGCCAAAUGUACAUCUAUCACCUGGGCUGUCAUUCCUGGAUACCCCUGGAUGUACUGGGCAAAGUGCGUCGCUUCUAUCCGAAGAAACAAGGCGUGUUUGCGCAUGCGGCUGCUUUAAGACCACCGUCGACUUUACUCAUCGCUGGAGGAUAUCAUGGCAAUGUUAACGGUGAUCUCCUAGCGUACAUGGUACCCAGUUGGCAGGCGGGCAUCAGCAACAACGACCCCGAAUCCGCUUGCCGUCGACAUCGAUCCCAACCCGAGUGUCUUGCCGACCCCGAGUGUGGCUGGUGCUCAGCUGAUGACACUUGCUACGGCAGAAGAAUAGGAGCGAACUGCACAACGAACCUUCAGUCCAUACGGUGUGGAGGCAUUUGCCCAGCGCUGGGCGACUGUCACUCGUGCCUCAUACAUGGUCCGCCGCCCACCAGCGGCAAUAGUAGCCGAACCCCGCUACCUUCCGUCAGCACCAAGUUGGGAUUAGACCAGUGUAACUGGUGCGUGCAGAACGCGAGGUGCCAUCAUAAAGACGAUAAUUACGGUGUUUGCGGAGAGGACACACCGUCAGAAAAUCCCGGCUGGUGGGGCACCACCGGCACAGAAGUAACGACCCCCGAGGAAUGUAAACUUCUAGACAAACGACCCGGUCUCACGUUUCUGAGAUACCAACAACCAGCUGAUUGGAAUCACCCAGAUGGCGUGUCUGUAGUUAACGCGACUACUGUUGACUGGGGCACUGGUGGGGGCAGUAACCAUAUAUUCAGUGGGCCGAGUGAGGCGCGGCUGAGGGGCUGGCUACACAUACCUCAGUACUGGAACGGGACAGGCGAAACGCUGCACAUUUGUGCUGGGUACUCCAACAUAUCACUGGCGCUGGGAGAAGCGGGCGGACCCGUGGCCAAUUUGACGGCGCAGCCCUCAGCCUGCUCUCUCGUUGACUGGCCCACGCUGUUCCCCGGCCGCUUAGCUGUCGAUAUGCACGCUAACGAUUCUUUACAUACUGGCUUAUAUCCAUCACAUCAUCACGCAAAAAUGGAACUUCUUCACAACAAAUCUCAGGAGAGUGCUAAGGUAUUUACAUUCGAAUUUCUGGAGCCCUACUCGGACGGUGAGUGCAAGUACGACAACUGCCUGCUGUGCCUGUCGGACGCGGCGUGCGGCUGGUGCGAGCUGACGGAGCGCUGCGAGCCGCGCCGCGCCGACGAGCACACGGCCUGCGCCGCCGGCGGCCACUGGCGCUACCUCACGCUGCAGCCCGCCGCCUGCCCCAACUGCUCCAACUACAUCAGCUGCGAGCGCUGCGUGGGCGCCAACUACUGCGAGUGGUGGGCGGACGAGGCGCGGUGCGCGCGGCGCGGCCGGGCCGCCGGCGCCAUCGCCGACCGCGCCGGCUGCCCCGCGCCCUGCCGCCUGCGCAGCGACUGCGAGCACUGCCUGGACGAGCGCGGCCGCUGCGUGUGGUGCGAGGCCACGCGCCAGUGCUUCAGCUUCAGCGUCUACACCAGCGAGUACCAGUUCGGCCUGUGCCGCGAGUGGCUGGACCGCGCGUCCUCGCCGCCCGACGACACGCCGCGCAAGGCUGGCCAGUGCAAGUCCUGCCGCCGCCACACGCAGUGCUCCGCCUGCCUGCGCAGCAUGGGCUGUGGCUGGUGCUACUCGCACGAGAAUCCCAUCAACGGCGCCUGUACGGAGGGCGACUUCACUCGAUCUCAUGCCGACUGCUCUGCAGUAUUGAACGUGACGUCAUCGGACGCGGGCUGGGCAUAUGCGCAGUGCCCCGAUGUCGACGAGUGCGGGCUGGGCCUGCACGACUGCCAUGAACAUGCCAUUUGUAACAACACGCACGGCUCGUACACGUGUAGAUGUAAACAGGGAUACAUCGGUGAUGGUAAGAAAAGCUGCAUGCGAACUUGCUACAAUAACUGCAUCCAUGGUUACUGUCUCGGAUCUCCUCAAUACAAGUGCAACUGCGAUUUGGGAUGGACGGGGGCAGACUGCUCCAUUAACUGCGGAUGUCACAAUCAUUCAACAUGCAAGCAGGGCGUGGGACGAUGUGAUGAAUGUCAAGACUGGACUGAGGGAGAGUUUUGUGAGUCGUGUAAGCCCGGCAGUCACGGCAAUGCGACAACCGGCCAGGGGUGCCGCCGCUGCGACUGUAACGACCACGGCGACGAGACGCGCGGCGUGUGUGACGUCGCCACAGGAGAAUGUAUAUGUAAAGAUAACACCGAAGGAUUGAAUUGUGAGCGUUGUAAACCAAAGUUCUACGGCGAUCCUAGACAUGGUGGCAAGUGUUACUAUCAAUGUGAACCCAGGGGAAUGUUGAAUGCGACGCAAACCGAAGGAAUAGGCUCAUAUAAAACCGAUCCCGAUAUUAAAGCUAUUGGACCUUCAAAAGAAUGUCUAUGGAUUAUAUCUGCUGAUGAUAUAAAGGAUGCCAUAAUACAAUUUACUAUAAAUUCUUCCACCUUCGAUGUUCCGUGCGACGAAAACGCUGUUUAUGUAUAUGACGGCCUCGGUGGAGUUCCUGAUCUGAGUAACAACCAACAGAGUCAGUUACUGGGUGUAUUUUGUAACGGCGCCUCGUCGGGAGUUAUAGAAGCGCGCAGUGGGAAUCUGACCGUACAUUACAAACAAGGGGAGCCUGAGCAAGGGUUCGAGGGAAGCUACAAGGUGCUGGCUUGCGACGGACAUUGCUCCUUGCCGAGAGUUUGUAACAAGAGGCACUGCGUCUGUCGCGAGGGGUACGGAGGCCCCAACUGUGAAGUCGAGAUCUGUCGCAACAACUGCAGCAUGGCAGUCAGUGCUGGCAUAUGCGAUCCAAGCUACGGCAGAUGUCUCUGUAACGAAGGAUUUGGUGGAGAUGACUGCUCAAUUAGAUUAGACAAGACACAACUUGUGUUCACAGAGCUUUUUAACUCAGAAUAUUUAUCGGACGGCUUAGAUCACUUGAGGAAAACUCUUCCUAGAUUUGGUCACAGUUUGGUGGCCGACAGGCGCGGCCUUUGGAUGUUCGGAGGAUACUCGCUUUCCCACGGACCGUUAAAUGACAUAAGAUUUUUUGACACAAAGAAUAACACGUGGAUGCAAGUUACCGUGGAAGCGACACCAGAUGCUAAGAUGCCAGAAGGUCGGUAUUUCCACGCGGCUGAGAUCUAUCACUCUAAACAGAACAUUUAUAUUUAUGGGGGUUUAAGUUUACAAGAAAAAAGUGGUCAAAACAAAACGCUAGGAGACUUCUGGCAGUUCAGCUUAAAAGAUCAGCGGUGGAGCAACAUCCGUAACAAAGAUAAAGAUGGGCUGCCCCCAUCGUUAGCAGGACACACUUUGACUUUACAAAAGAAUUUGGACUAUGAAAGUCUGGUUUUGAUCGGCGGAUUUUCAUUAGAUGAAGGAUUUAUGUAUGACGUGUGGGAGUUCGAUCUUGACAAUGAGAAAUGGAUAAAGUUGAAGGACGUAGGCGCUAAACCUUCUGGUAUAAUCGGCCACAGCACUGUGUAUCACGCGCCUUCACAGAGCCUGUAUGUGUAUGGAGGCAUCCUAUAUUCGUACAACGGUACCAUGCUUUCCAAUAAACUGUUCUCAUUCCACUAUCCCACCAAACAAUGGAGCGAAUUACCUACAUUCCCUAUGUUGAACAACUAUUAUGACAAUUUACCUCAAGCUACAUAUUUACAUUCUGCAGUUACGACCAAUGAUUACAUGAUAAUUUUCGGUGGAAGGACAGAUCCUGAAAAUAGAUCUGACUCCCUUAUAGCAUACAUAUACAGCUGCAACCAAUGGGUGAGACUCGUUAAAGGUGUGAGUAUCGUGGGUCACCCGCCACCGCCGACAAUAGCUCACGCUAUGGCUAUCGACAUCGAAACAGAAAACGAAGGCUACAUAUACAUAAUAGGGGGUUGGACAGGCAGUGCACAUUGUCAAGUUACUCGUAUUUCUCUUCCUGAAGAUCUUUGUUCUUUAUGGAGCUCCAACAAGUUCGAAUGUCGCAGUCACAUGGGCUGCAGUUUCUGCAGUACUGGGAACUACACGAAGUGUUUCUCGGUGGACAAGCCGGGCUGCGAGGGGAGUGAUAGCGUGUCGGUGAACCCGGGCGCGGCGUGCGAUGCGGAACUCGUGUCCACUCGCGCCUGUGAGAACUUCACCACGUGCACAUCAUGUCUAGCCGCAUGGCCCAUGUAUCCAGAAGAGAAACCAGCCUGUCGAUGGUGCGAAUCUUGCGCUGCAGCUGUCGGUGAAUGCGUACCUACGGAUGAGUCAUGCACUAGUAUGAAAUGUAACGCCGGCACUACCUACAUCAGCGAUGUGGACAACUGUCCCGAACUCAGGUGCGCUUCAUCCGACUGUGAGAAAUGUGUGUCUAAAGAAUGCACUUGGACGAGACACGCUGUAAGAGAAGGUCAACUCACACGCAUAGCUGAAGAAUCCGUAGAACUUUUUAACUGGACGUGCGCAUUGAUAGAAGAGCCGGGUCGAACAAGUUUGCGGGCUACGAAGAACGAGGAAUGUCCAAGUAGAUGUAAUAUGUUCGACGAUUGUCAGUCGUGCUUGAGUACGGACGGGGGUGAGGGCGGGUUCGCGGAGUGUCGGUGGGCGACGUACCUGGGGAAGUGCAUUUCUCCGGCGUACCAGCCUGUAUACUGUGCGGGCGGUGUUUGUGGACUCGUUCUCACUAAAGCGGAUGCAGGGAAAUGUCCAGCGCCUUGUGAUACAUUCGAGCAGUGUUCGGAGUGCCUCCAUCACUCGCACUGUGGCUGGUGUGCUCUAUCAGGUGCUAAUGGCCAAGGCGUAUGUUCAGAAGGCUCCAUCGAUGCGCCGCUCGACUACUCCACGCGUACAACUUGCGCUGCUGUUUAUGCCGCCGUUCAUCAUGACGAUGAUUACAGCAAUGAUACCUUCUCCUGGCAUUACACCCGCUGUCCACCUGAGAAUGAAUGUGAGAACAACCAUCAUCAGUGCAAGGCUGAAUCGGAGGUAUGCCGCGACUUGCCGGAGGGCUACGAGUGCGCGUGCGGCGCGGGGCACAAGCGCGCGGGCGCGGGCGGCGCGGGCGGCUGCGUGGCCGUGUGCUCGCAGGGCUGCGUGCGCGGCGCCUGCGUGCAGCCCGACGUGUGUCGCUGCGAGUUCGGCUACGUCGGCGCCAACUGCACCAUACAGUGCCAGUGUAAUGGACACUCUGACUGUGAGGGACCGGACAAGCUCGAUAAAUGUAUUGAGUGCCAUAAUAAUACCAUGGGUGAUCAAUGCGAGAAAUGUAAGCCGAACUUCGUAGGCGAUCCGGUGAACAACGUACAAUGCGUGCCUUGUUCCACCUACUGCCACGGUCAUACAUCUAUUUGCACAAGUGAAGUGGACGCGGCGCCUACGUCACGUGACGUGGGCGGACCGGCCGACCCUGAUGAUUAUAGAGAUGGCGCUGCGAAAGCACGAUGUGUAAGAUGUGCUAAUAAUACGGAUGGACCACGCUGCGAGAGGUGCAUUGAAGGAUACUUCAGGGGAUCUGAUGACUUUAGAGAUCCUUGCAGACCAUGCGAGUGUCACGGUCACGGCGACACUUGUGACCCAGUAACGGGAGAGAAGUGCAACUGUGGCAACAACACCGAGAGUGACAUCUCCUGCCAGACGACCAGCUCCAGCAAGAACUCUGCUCAGGAGUGCUGGCGGUACCAGUGCGUCAAGUGCAAGGAUCUGUACAUGGGCGACCCGAGGAACGGACAUCAGUGCUACAAAACUAUCAAUAUUGAAAACAAGCUGUGCUUUGAUGGGAAAUCAAUUGACGAGUGCAAGAUCAAGCCACGCCCCCUAUAUCCAGGCCAAACAGUUUUCGUAGCAGUCAAUCCAAGAUACAUGAACGUUGACAUCAGAGUAAUAGUAGACGUGACUCAGGGAGCAGUGGACUUGUACCUCAGUCCAAACGACAGUUCGUUUGUGGUGUCAGUGAACUCUAGUAAUGGCGACCAUGCAGUUGAACUUGAUCCUACGUAUCAUAAACACGAGCCGAGUAGACGAAUGCCGUCGUUUGAUGAGCAUGUACCCGAAGAGCCGCGAGUCACGUGGUAUUAUGACAAGAUCGAGUACACUCUUGCUGAUUACACUGCGAAGGACUUAGCGACAUAUGUGACUGUAGAUAGAAGGAACAUCUUGCUUCGUGUGAGGAAUCUCCGCAACCGGCUUGUGCUGACUCUUCCUCAAAACGUUCAUGAUCUGACUCAUACUAAGUUCUACAUAGUGAUACGUGCCCGCCACACGGAAGAUGGCGCGGCAAGCUUCGGCGUGAUAUUCUUCCGUCAGGAUCAGCUGCAUAUCGAUCUGUUCGUGUUCUUCUCUGUAUUCUUCUCGUGCUUCUUUCUGUUCCUCGCGGCGUGUGUAGUCGCGUGGAAAGCGAAACAAGCGGCCGAUGUCCGUCGCGCAAGGCGGAGACAUGUUGUUGAGAUGCUACACAUGGCGAAGCGUCCGUUCGCGGCGGUCACAGUGCUGCUGAGCGGCGGCGUGACGUCAGCGGGCCCGCGCCGGCGCCGCGCGCCCGACCUGCGCCCCGUCGCCAUCGAGCCCACCGGCGACGGCCGAGCUGCCGUCACCUCCGUGCUUGUCAAAUUGCCGGGCGGGUCCCGCGUGCCGGUGCGACUGGCGCUGGCGUCGUCACUAGUGCUGGUGGCUCGGCAGCCCGCCACGCGGCCGCGCCGCGCGCCGCCCCUCGCGCGACUGGCCGCGCACACCUAGCCGUCGACGCCACGCUUGCCCGCCCUCUGAAUUACUACUACCGAAUAAUAACUACUGCCGCAGUGACCCAGUAGAUAUAGUCUCAUGUCAAAUAACUGUGACACUCUGAAGACAGCCAUUUCAUGCCUCACGCAUGCGCAGUAGUGUUUGCUUUGUAUAUUCUAACAGUAGCCACCCGAGGUGCAAGUUAUUUGACGUGAGCCAAUCACAACACGCUUAUAAUACGCAUCUUAGGAUCAAACGAGGCCGCUGGUGCGAACAGACGCUCCAUUUCGUUCAGUGCAAACUGCGUAUCCACGGUUGCGACAGUUUUUAUCUUGUCGCCGCCAUAUCGAUGUAAGUAAAUUUUCAACAUAUUCAAGGCGGGUGUUAUAGAUUUCUACAAUAAUGUAUAUAUCGAUCGGUGAGUGGUGAGAUUGGUCUCCACUUACACAAUUGUGUCGAGGAUCUGCUAUUUAUCUCCGCUAGUUAUUGAAUCUCGUGACUGUGCCGUCUCGAUGCGAGCGAGGAGCCAAAGGUAUCAAAAUUGAGCGCAUCUCAUGCGCGGGUUGUGAAUAGCCGAUAUCCGAUGAUCUGUUGUGUUGUUUAUCUCGAAAUUUUAUUAUUAAUGUUGAUGCCACAUUUUGUUAAUGGAAUGUUAUUGAAUGUCUAUUUUAUGAGUUAGCUUCAGAUCUUUAUUUACAAGUUUUUAGUAGGUGAGUAAAAUAUUGCAGCUGAGUAUUUCUAAUGUACAUUAGAAAACUAUGUUCCUACGGAUAGAUGAAUCUCUUAAGAUAAAAUAUAUUAUUAGUUAUUUAAAUUACAUAUCUACGGCAGUUAUUUUCUAAAUUCGUAAUAUUUUAUUGUAUAAAGUAUGUAGUAUUACUUUCGCUUGAAUCAGUAAUUAUAUAAUAAUAUACUACGUUUUAACAUGUAUGUCCACUUGCAUUUGCUAUUUCUUGUAUUACUGAAUUUAACUUGCCAGAUAGUACUUGUCAUAAACCGUAAAUAUAAUUAACUGAGAUUAAUUUAAGUACGUAAGUACCUAACUACCCAAAUAAUAAGCCAAUAUUGUAUGUACUUUACAAACGCGAUAAAUUACGUAACAGCUGGUCAAACUUGCAAUACAUCAUAUUAUAUAUUACGUAUAUAUGUGUAUGCUUAGAGCAUGCUUAUUACGAAUAUACUUCAUAGUUCCACUUUGAGAAUGACCGAUAAACCGAUACGUACAUGUUUAGCUUCAGAAAUCAAAUUAGUAGAAUGAAGACCCACUGAGCAAGCUGUUCAUGACGGCGCUAUGGACUGUCUAACUCCUCAAAUUUUCUAAUGGAGCGUUUGACAUAACUUACAAAAAUAAUUUGUAUUCAUUGAUAAAAACCUCUUUUUUAUGCGAUUGAUUGAAGUUGACUGAAGUGGCAAAGCACAACUGGCUUGGUGGUUCUUUACCCUAUUAUUCCCGAAAAACCGUUAAAGGGCUCUAUUUGUAAGAGUCGGUCCUUAUCGAAGUGGUCAAGUUAUUAGGAUCCUACGUAAUAAAAGUACGUUUUAGCUACAUAUUUAAAAUAUUUUAAAACAUUCGCCGCGUUUUCGAUACGAUAUUAGCACAAACUGUACUGUAUAUAAUGUAAGUAAUUAAUUUGUGAAUAGCUCCAAUCUUGCUUGUACAGGCACUGAAGCAAUUAAUUUUGAUUAUUAACUUGCUCAUUAGUAAUCAGCAGUAUUGUGUAAAUGGAUUGAUCAAUUAUUUCAUGUGUAAGUAGAAUUAUAUUAAAUAAUUAGGAUUAAAUUUAAAAUAUUAAGAGAGUACUGAAUAUUGUUAUGGCUACAUUAUUAAGUUAUACAUAAUCAAAUGAAUUGUACUUGAUCAAAGGUAUAAACUGAGUCCAAAAUACAUUCCAUUUGUGUAACUUUGUACAUAAAAUAAUGUGUAAUAUUGUGUAUUACCAAAUUUUUAGAUCAGGUAUCAAAGAGCUUUAAGGAUAUUUAUACUAAGAAAAUUUAUUGCUCAUAAUCUUCGAUUAGAUCUUCUUGAUAUACAUUUAAAUGCAUUUAUAUAUUUAUUUCCUCCAUAAGCUGUAUACACGUAUUAAUUUGAACUGAAAUAGGAUUUCUUUUUUGUAUUAUGCCUGUUCUAGAAACUUUAGUUAAGGGUGAUUGAUGUGGAUGUAAAUGCAUUUAUGGCAUGAGUAUUUCAAAACCACUGAAUUCGUGAUAAAUAUUUUGCAGUUAAAUUACAAUUAUUGUCUAUGUUAUUGUAAGAUUGGUAUGUAGAAUUAGUUGAAAUGUUAUACAAUGCUAGCAUGGCUAGUACAACACAGGCGUCUAUUUCAAUACAUACGUAUUACCUAAUUUCGUCCUAUUUUAUGCUCAAUGGAUAUAAACCCUAUUGAAAUUAUAUUAUAACUUAUAUUGAUUGCCAAAAUGACACAGCAUUUUAAUGCUUUAAUUUGUAAUACAAGUACAUUUAGCACUUUCUCACUAAAAUUUGCUCUCACAAUAACUGUGUUGUCCAUUUCUAUUAAUAAAUUGUAGUUUUUAUUCUUUAUAGAAUUCUAUAAUAGGUAUUGGGUUUACCUUAGAAAAAUAAGCAUAAUUUUAUUUGCUCAAAAUAUUUUUUUAUAAUAUGUAACAAUGAAAGCUCUGUAAUACAUUCUGAUUUAAAUUAUAUUUUGUUUCCAUAAAUGAAAAACAUGUUUGCAUAGUUGAAGCCAUCCUUGCUUUUUUCCAGGUGUGAUAUUAUUUUAAGAGUUUACAACCUAUUUUAUUUUAAUAUUCCCUUGUGUACUGUAUUAAUGUAAGUCAUAACUAUGUGGAAAGCUGAUUUUUAUAGUUUUAUGUAUAUAUUUGGUACAUUUGAUUAUAUUAGGGUAUAGGGUCCCUAUCAAUAAAGAAUGUAUAUCUGGGCAGCGUUUUAAAGAUUAAGGUUAGUAGGGUGUUUAUUAAAACAUGGUAUCUUUAAAAAAAUAUUAGAUCUUGUAACCACCACUGUUGUAAUAAAUAUGUCCAUGACAAGGCAAUAUUUUCUUUUUGUAAAUGGAAUCUUGUGGCAGUAUUAUGUAUAAGCAAUAUAUAUAUUUUUUGUUUAACCUGAAUGUAUAAUAAAUGUUUAUAAAAUAAAAUAUACUGUUGGUUGUAAA